AGACCGACCAUGAAUCUCGCGGGGAUUAUCUACUUUUUUCAGGUCGUCCUGUCAUUGUCGAAUCGCGUCUUUAAUCGAUCGAUAGGUUCAUCUAGGACUUCGCAUUUCGAGGUACGCUCGUUACCCGAUAGCCCUGCUCUGCCGACCAGCUGGGCUGGUCGGUUGCCCGUGCUGGGAGCGAAGACUGGCAACGACAUCUUCUUCUGGCUAUUUGAAGCGGAGGACUCAGCCUAUGAUCACGAGCUCAUCAUCUGGUUCAACGGCGGACCCGGUUGUUCAUCCUUGAUAGGUCUGACAGGGGGAAACGGCCCUAUCUCCUUCGCCGGAAAUUCAACACACCUAAUACGCAACCCAUAUUCAUGGACUCGACUGGGCCAUGUUCUUUACGUGGACCAACCUGUCGGCACGGGCUUCUCAACCUCUACCUAUCCAUACCCAGUACGAGACAACGACGGCGUAACAGCAGACUUUGCACAAUGGCUCCAUACAUUCUUCGAUCACUUCCCACACCUCAAGUCCAAAAAAGUACAUCUUAUGGGUGAAUCCUGGGCUGGUAUCUAUAUUCCAUACUUUGCAUCCGCGCUGCUCGAGGGCAAGCACUCCCUCCCACUGAACAUACAAUCCAUGUCCCUGGGCGACGGAUCCUGGGGCAACGCAGCCGCAUUAUCAUCCGUGGCAAUCGGCACAUACAUGCACUCACAAUCAACUCGGCUCAAGAUCCCAAAGGGAAUUCUAUCAGCUUUCUCCACCGCAGACAAAACAUGUGGCUUCGACACCGUCCUCAAAGAAGCAUCCAUCUACCCGCCAAAGGGCAAAAUAUACAUCCCCGGAAAUCCAGAAUACUUCAACUACCGCCUAAAGCAACGCGACAUGACCGACGCACUAGACGCAGCAUGCGACACGGACCCCAUCACACCUGCGGAACUUACAAACUCCAUUCUAAAUUCAAGUUGCUACGGACCCUGUGCCACUUUCUCCACCGCAAUGGAUUACAUGGACACAGCCUCGCUGAAAGACACCGGGGCAGGAAUCCCUUGUUUUGAUAUCUACGACAUAUCUCACAACUGCAGUAAUGUCGACACCCUCCAGCUGAUAAUGAAAUACUUCAGUCGAUCAGAUGUCCAAGCUGCACUUCACGUCAAAAACAGCGGUACCUACACAGCUUGCAACUCAACUAUCCUAGGCAUACUCCUUGCAGCCCCAACAGCCGUCCCGCCCGCGUAUCACCUCCUUCCGAACCUGGUCACGAAACAUAACAUCUCACUGCAUAUCUACAACGGCGAAUUAGAUAUGCUGAUCAACCAUAUCGGCAAUGAACUUUCGAUUCAGAAUAUGACUUGGCGGGGGGCACAGGGGUUCUCGAAGAAGCCGAAUAAUUUGUUCUAUGCUGACGAUCCUGCCCCUGAUUUUGGGAAAGCUGAAGAUGGUGACUCGGUUGGGACGUGGAAUGCAGAAAGAGGUGUUUCAUACCAUCUCUUCCGUGGGGCUGGGCAUAGUGUUUUUGCGACGAAGGAAAGGGAGAUGUUUGCUUAUGUGCGGGAUGUGGUUGUGGGUGGGAAGGUGGGAUAA